ACCCGAUUUCCAACUUUCGUACGGUUCGAAGUUCCACCCGAGACUUAAAGCCGAUCUAAAUCCGGUGCUAACUCUUGCCGACUAUUUUUAAACCCGGUACGACUCAACGAAUCAGUUUUCUUUCAGUCGGGUGUUUAACUGGUUCCUCGGCCACUUUCAUCUCACUCAUAUCUUGACGAAAACGCAACGAACGAUACGCUGACAGCAGUUUGGACAGGGUAAACAUCAUCCAAAAGAAUACCGUACAAACAUUUCACAAUACAUUCUGCCUCUAAACUAUGCAUAAAUUUAUAUCAAAGUAAAAAUAUAUAAGGAAUGAGCGAGAGUUGAAUAGAAGAUAACUGUGAAAUAAAGUGAUUCAAACUGUCCAAUAUGCUGAAGAAAAGGUUCCCAUCGUUGGCCAGCAUUGGGUCGGAUGGGAAUACUGCAUUCCUCAGAGCGGCGCGAGCUGGCCACUUGGACAAGGUCCUCGAACAGCUGAAGAAUAAUGUCGACAUCAACACUUCCAAUGCGAAUGGUUUGAACGCGCUUCACUUAGCGUCUAAAGAUGGUCACAUGAGCGUCGUUUCUGAGCUCCUCAAGAGAGGAGCCAAUGUUGAUUCAGCCACUAAGAAAGGAAACACUGCACUUCACAUUGCUUCCUUAGCUGGGCAAGAAGAAGUUGUCAAGCAUCUCGUAGAACAUGGUGCUUGUGUUAAUGUUCAGAGUCAAAAUGGCUUCACGCCGUUGUACAUGGCUGCCCAGGAAAAUCACGACUCGGUUGUCAAGUUUCUGCUGGCGAACGGAGCAAACCAAAGUUUGGCUACUGAGGAUGGUUUUACACCGCUGGCUGUUGCGAUGCAACAAGGCCAUGACAAAGUUGUUGCGGUUUUGCUUGAGAAUGACACCAGAGGCAAAGUUAGACUACCAGCAUUGCACAUCGCAGCUAAAAAAGACGACUGCAAAGCAGCUGCUCUUCUUUUACAGAAUGAGCAUAAUCCAGAUGUAACGUCCAAAAGUGGGUUCACCCCAUUACAUAUAGCGUCCCAUUAUGGCAAUGAAGGUAUUGCUAAUCUUUUACUGUCCAAAGGUGCUGAUGUUAAUUUUGCAGCUAAACAUAAUAUUACCCCUCUCCAUGUUGCGGCAAAAUGGGGAAAAGCGAACAUGGUUUCAACUCUUCUCAGCCGUGGAGCCAAUAUUGAAGCGAAAACGAGGGAUGGUCUCACUCCGCUUCACUGUGCAGCAAGAUCUGGCCAUGAGCAAGUCGUUGAUAUGCUUCUCGAACGAGGUGCACCUAUCAGCGCUAAGACAAAGAAUGGUUUAGCUGCACUCCAUAUGUCUUCCCAAGGAGAUCAUGUAGAUGCUGCUCGAAUUCUCUUAUACCACCGUGCUCCCGUUGACGAUGUAACAGUCGAUUAUUUAACUGCACUGCAUGUCGCAGCUCACUGCGGUCAUGUUGGUGUUGCCAGAUUGUUGCUCGACCGAAAAGCCGACCCAAAUGCACGAGCCCUCAAUGGUUUCACGCCACUUCAUAUCGCAUGUAAAAAGAACAGGAUUAAAGUCGUUGAGCUCUUAUUGAAACACGGAGCCUCAAUCGAAGCAACCACAGAGAGUGGGCUCACACCUUUACAUGUCGCGAGUUUCAUGGGUUGUAUGAACAUUGUGAUUUAUCUAGUACAAAAUGAAGCUGGCCCUGAUGUGACCACAGUGAGAGGUGAAACUCCACUUCAUUUAGCUGCCAGAGCAAAUCAGACUGACAUUAUAAGAAUUCUCCUUAGAAACGAUGCCCAAGUUGACGCCAGAGCAAGGGAGCAACAAACUCCACUUCAUAUUGCAUCAAGGCUUGGCAAUGUUGAUAUUGUAAUGCUGUUACUUCAGCACGGCGCUAGUGUCGAUUCAACAACAAAAGAUUUAUACACAGCACUUCAUAUUGCAGCGAAAGAAGGUCAAGAUGAGGUGGCGUCAGUUCUUCUUGAAAAUGGAGCUUCUUUGGAAGCAACUACUAAGAAAGGAUUCACACCUCUGCAUUUAGCUGCUAAAUAUGGUCAUAUGAAUGUUGCCAAGUUGUUACUGAGAAGAGAUGCUCCUGUUGAUGCUCAAGGCAAAAAUGGAGUCACUCCUCUGCAUGUCGCAAGCCAUUAUGAUCAUCAAAACGUGGCUUUGCUCCUUCUGGAGAAAGGUGCCUCUCCUCAUGCUACAGCUAAAAACGGCCACACACCGCUUCACAUUGCAGCAAGGAAAAACCAAAUGGACAUUGCAACGACACUUUUGGAAUAUGGUGCUAAGGCAAAUGCUGAAUCUAAGGCGGGCUUCACACCACUUCAUCUUUCAGCACAAGAAGGUCAUGCAGAUAUGUCAAAUCUUCUUAUAGAGCACCAAGCCGACAUCAACCACAAAGCAAAGAAUGGUUUAACCCCGCUUCAUCUCUGCGCGCAAGAAGACUGCGUAGAAGUUGGCACGAUCCUCCUUAAAAACAACGCCCAAGUCAACUGUACCACCAAGGCCGGCUAUACACCCCUCCACGUCGCGAGCCACUUUGGUCAGAUGGGCAUGGUCAGACUCUUGCUGUCCCACGGUGCAAACGUAACACCAACUACAGCAGUCAAUUACACUCCUCUGCACCAAGCGGCUCAACAGGGCCAUUCAGGCAUCGUCAACGCCUUACUGGAGGCUGGAGCCAACCCUAAUGCAACUACAAAUCAAGGGCAGACGGCUCUUUCAAUCGCUCAGAAACUUGGCUACAUCAGUGUCGUCGAGAGCCUGAAAGGAGUUACAGACACUCCCAUUUCCCCCACUUCGGCUGAUGAGAAAUAUAAAGUGGUGGCACCAGAGACGAUGCAAGAAACUUUUAUGUCAGACUCCGAAGAUGAAGGUGGUGAUGUGCUCGGUCUAGAGUAUGGCUUUACACCCGCCCAUCCACACGUCUAUCUACCCUACUUUCAGGGCGACUCCAUAUUCACUCGUGAAGAAACCAUGUUGAGUGAGCAGCCUUACCACUAUCUUACUGUCGACGAAAUGAAGGGUCUAGGUGAUGAUUCACUACCGAUUGAUGUGACCAGGGAUGAAAGAGACAACCGGGACAUGGGACCACCAACAGCAAUAGAUGACACAAUCAGCCCACAACACAUCAAAGAAAGCUAUUCACAGUUUACAACUGCUGAUAAUGUUGACAUUACCAAACAUCCUCUUCAUGUGGGAAAGUUGCAAUGGAGGAACUUUUUGGUGAGCUUUUUAGUAGACGCAAGAGGUGGUGCUAUGAGAGGCUGCCGACAUUCAGGCGUCAGGGUCAUUGUGCCGCCUCGGCGUGCUUCUAUGCCGCUCCGCGUGACAUGUAGAUAUCUCAAAAGGGACAAACUACCUCACCCACCUCCACUCAUGGAAGGUGAAGCUCUUGCAAGUAGGAUUUUAGAACUGGGCCCGGUCGGCGCAAAGUUCCUUGGCCCUGUCAUGAUAGAAGUGCCUCACUUUGGCUCACUUCGUGGUAAAGAGAGAGAAAUUGUCAUCCUACGAUCAGACAAUGGUGAAACAUGGAGGGAACACACGUUUGAAGCCACUGAAGAAGCUAUCCACGAUGUCCUCAGCCAUAGUUUCGAAAAAGAUGAAAUCAAUCAGGUCGACGAUAGCGGAAGGACGACAAGGAUUUUGACAACCGAAUUCCCUCACUACAUCGCUGUCGUGUCAAGGGUCAGACAAGAAGUGCAUGCAAUCGGACCGGAAGGCGGAAUGGUCUCGUCGACAGUCGUACCUCAGGUCCAAGCGGUGUUCCCACACGGAGCUCUAACAAAGAAGAUCAAAGUAGGCCUUCAGGCGCAGCCUAUACCAACUGAAUUGACAGCUAAGCUUCUUGGGAAUCGAGUUGCCGUUUCACCGAUUGUGACAGUCGAACCUCGAAGACGAAAAUUCCACAAGCCGAUUUCGCUCACGAUACCUGUCCCGCAAGCCGCCAACAAAGGGAUGAUAAACCAGUACAGCGGAGAUGCACCGACUUUAAGACUUCUUUGUAGUAUCACAGGUGGUACGACACGUGCUCAAUGGGAGGAUGUUACCGGUUCGACACCACUUACAUUUGUCAAUGACUGCGUUUCGUUUACUACCACAGUUUCUGCCAGGUUCUGGCUCAUGGACUGUCGCAACAUAUCAGAAGCUACAAAAAUGGCGACCGAAUUGUAUCGAGAAGCGAUUCACGUACCUUUUAUGGCCAAGUUUGUUGUUUUUGCAAAGAGGGUAGACACGACAGAAGCAAGACUUAGGGUUUUCUGUAUGACAGAUGAUAAGGAGGACAAGACUCUAGAACAUCAAGAACAUUUCACUGAAGUUGCCAAGAGCAGAGAUGUUGAGGUUCUAGAAGGAAAAAUGCAAUAUUUGGAAUUUGCUGGAAAUCUUGUCCCGGUGACAAAAUCAGGUGAACAACUCCAGUUAGGCUUCAGGGCUUUCAAAGAAAAUAGGUUGCCUUUUACUGGUAGAGUUAAAGAUCCUCAUGCUGAUGCCCUUGGCAGAAUCAUAUUUAUGCGAGAACCAAAGGUGGCUAAAGGCGAUGCUCCACAACAACCAAUAUGUAUAUUAAAUAUUGUUUUGCCAGAGGAAAUUAUUCCUGAUUCUGAUCUUCACGACCAAGAAACUCCUAAACAUUCUUACAUUACACACACAAGUGGCUUACAAAGGCUGUCAGACAUUAGCAAUCUCCUCGGCGAAGACUGGGUGAAACUAGCGAACGAAUUAGACAUAAGUACCUCAGAAAUUAAUAGCAUAAAGACUGAAUUAUGUGAUCUUAGUGAGGCCCAACAGGGAUUUGCAUUGCUCAGGCUUUGGCUCCAGAGUGCUGGAAACAAAGCAACAGCUUCAGCACUGGAAAAGGGCCUUAGGAAUAUUGGUAGAGAUGAUAUUAUACAACAAACUGUGUUUAGCAUGGACCAAACUGAUCCCUAUGUUCUAAGCGAAGACCUUAGUCCUUCUUAUACCACUUGCCACAACGUGUUUAGAAAAACUAUAACAGUCCAAAAAGAAAUUAUAACGGAUAAGAGAAAAGAAGGAAAGCAAAUUCCAGUGAAAGAUGCCAUUGACAAACAUGAUCACGAUGAAAAGAAAUACAGUGCAGAAGAAAAAGAGGUUGAAGAAGAGUUGCACAAAAGUGUGUCAGAGAGAAAGAAGGAAAUUGAAAAAAGACUGUCUCAGGACUUUGACGAUAAGAAAAAGGAAAAGUUUACGACGAAAGAAACAAAAACAAUAGAGGAAAGUAUGAAAACGAGUAUCAAAACUGCAGAAAAAGAUAAAAAACUGCUGGACGAGUUGGGCGAAAAAGAGAUAGCCGAAGAAAAAGCCGUUUCCCCUGAGCCAGCGCACUUGUCCUUUGACGAAAAGCGAAAAUCAUUCGAAAUGGGAAUUACGCCAAAAGAAAAAAUCAAACAGCUAGAGAACCUGCAGAAAUUCAUAAAAGAAGAGCAAAGCAUGGCGCAGGAAACUGUGACUGUUGUCCAAAGGGAAAAAUCCGUGGAAAAAGGUGUUGUUGAAGAAGAAAGCCUUUCAUUCCAAGAGAAACGACUGUCAUUCGAGCAAGGUCUUGCAAUGAAAAAGCCAGGAGACAAGCUACCAUCAUCUGAAACACAGAAGGAUGUAUCAGAAACAAAAGUGACAACAGAAUUUACAAAAGUAGAUGAAAAGCAUACAGCUGAUUACAGACGAGACUCAGAAUUAUUUGAAGAAGUGAGUCAGGGAUUAGGAAAAUUAAAAACUGGAGUCAUCAAGGCACAACCACAAGAUUUAUUGUCUCCAAUGGUAGUUAAAACACCGCCGCCAAGCCCCGCAGAAUUCAGCAAAGAACCUCCAGAUAACAAAAAAUGGUCUUCAGAUAUCCAAACAUCUUUGUUAUCUGGUGAAGGGGAGCGACACACAACAGAAACGACCAAAGAAGCAAUAGAUCCCAAAAAAAUUCUUAAUAUGGCUAGGAAUCCGGAUGAAAUAAUUAGUUGUCCCAAAGCGAGUUGUCAAAGUUCUUAUGACAACCUUAAUGGUAUUUUAUAUACCGAACUUCAAGAAGAGUCAGUUUACCCACCGCAACUUGGUUAUUCAGAGAUCGAGAAUGAAUUAAUCUUUCAAAACGAAGGUUCAGCAGAGUCGACGAUUAGCCUGGCUUUUGACACAGGGACGGAAAGUUUCAGCGAACUUUUAUUUUCGUUAUCUGACUCGGAGACGGAAUCUCCGGACGACUCCGUUUCUACAAUUAAAGGCACCGAGACUUGUGGUAUACUUUAUAAAAUGAGUGAGCAAAUUGACAAAGUCCCGUUAAUGCUUCAUAAGCAGAAAAGCAAUGACAGUGCCGAUUCGAUAGAUUCUGACUUUUGUUUGAAAUUGAGUUCAAUCGACAGCCUUCAAAAUUAUCUCACAGCGAAUGAUCCAUCUACAGACCAGGUAAAAUCAGAUACAUCGCCAACUUACUCUUUUGAAAAUUUGGAAUUGAAAAAGUUAGAAGAGACAAUUGAUCAUAUGUUGAAUGACAUAAAAGUAGAAGAAGAAUUGUUUUACACAAACUUUCCUCACUUGAGGAAUCCAGAAGUCCAAUCCAUGGAGAUUGAAGGUAUAAAAGAAGUAAAUGAUUCAGAGGAUGCAGUAGACUCUUUGAAUGCGAUUGAAAACCAAAUUUCCAAACUUUUAAAUGAUGUCAAUUCAGAUCGGCAAAACCAUCAAUUGGUCAAUGACUCACAGCAAGAAACAGAUUUGGAAAAUAAAUGUUGGAAUAUGAUAACCGCAAGGAUUGGCAAUGAGAGUCCAGUUACUGGUUUACAUACUGUACAAUUUAGAGAAUCCAGUUGCACACCUUCUCCGGUCGAAUCGUAUAGUACAAGUGAAGAUGAAUAUGAAGUUGAGAAACCUAAAGUUCAAUUAGAAGUAGGACACAAAAGUGGAGGAGCAAUAAGCAUUCUGGUCAAAAGCAACCCUCUUGUGGUGAAAAAGAAGUCAAACAUGUCAUCUCAAAAGUUCAACCGAUCGUUGCCAAGUCUACACCCAUCUAUACUGAGCCUGCCCUUAAGGGAACACAAAUCAGUUGACAGUGUUUUUUCAUGUGAUAGCACGCCAUUGGACUAUAAGACAACCAGUAUUGAAUACAUUGUACCAUAUCCUGGAAUGGAGUUAGAAAGCUCUGGAUAUUGUUAUUGGUCAAUGCCAAAUGAGCCAGAAGUUAGUGUGUAUGGGGAAGGAAUCGAAGAAAAGACAAUUUCAAAAGAAAUCAAACAAGAAAUUCUAACGAAAGAUGCAGAAGAUAAGAAAGAAACAAAACAGGAUUCAGCUACAGAUGUUUCAAAACACUUGACGGAAAAAUUGCUUGCUUCUGAAAGACCAAAAGAUGAAACUGUCAAAGAGGAAGUUGAAGAAAAAUUUAAAAAAGAUGCAAACUUUACUGAUAUGAGUGAUCAAGAUCUACUGAUUGAUGAGGGUGUUUCUGAAGAUGUUGAAAUUUCAUUUAGUGUUGAGGAAGAUGGUACAAGUGAAAAGUAUGAAUACAGUGAUGACGACACUUCACCAACAAAACCGUAUAUUACAACUCCCACCCAAACCAGAAGGAAUACAGGCAUCGGUGGAUCACAGCGUUUAUCACAAGGAGAAAGACCUACUGUUAGAGUUGUCACUGAUUUUUUGGUAGACGCGUAUGAAAGUGACGAAGAAGAAAACUACAUGGUGACAGAACCAUACGAAAGACCACAGGAAGCAAAACGAAACAUAAAAAUCCGUUUCAGCCCUGAUUUGUAUGACGAUGAUGAAAAAAAACCUUCUAUAGAAGAAGUUAAAGAAGCGGACAAAUGUGAAGCAAGCAGAAAUGUAGAAAAAGUAGAAAAGUGUUUUGAAAGGAUGGCUUCUAAGACAAAAGAAGCUGAUCCGAAAGAAAGCGUACACACCGAAGGAGAAUUUGAGAAAAUGGUUUCACAGUUGUCGUUAGAGGAAGUAGACCAAGCACUUCAUCAAUGGGAAGCAGGCGGACUGACACCUUCAGACAUUGAUUCUAAAGAAAUUACUGUUAGUUCUGAAGAAAUAUCCCCAUCUCAACAAGAAAGCAGCCAUACACCGGAGAGAGAAGAGUCGGGAGAAAUACCACCAAUUCCUUCACCCCGAGUUCCUGUCAAACCCCAAGAUUUUUCCACAACUCCAAAAAGCCCUAGCAUAGAACUGAGUGAAAAUGAAACGUAUACAACAAAGAAAAUGUUCUGGGAGCAAAUAUCUAGCGGCAGUACAGAAACUAUGCCAGAAAAGGAAACACCACCUGUACCCAAACCUAGAAAAAGCUUAACGUCUAGCACAGUUUCAUCAGAUGUAAUGAAAAGUGUUCAAUCAAGCUAUUCAGAUGCUUCCGGAAAACUAGAAGCUUCAGAUAUAGAUGAAGAUAGUUUAAACGUCCAAAGUACCACAACUACUGAAAAAGUAGUUGCUGGAUUUACUAAGGAACCCUCGCUAAGUCUGGAAGGUGAUAAUUCUGAAAUAGAGUACAUUAAAGCUCAUGAAUUAGAGGAAUUAAGUUAUGAUAAUGAUGCGUUCAAUUUGUGUGAAACUGAUGAAGUUCAAGCUUUGCCAAAACACAGAAAACCAAUUUAUGAGAGAUCAGUCUCUUUACCUUGUGAUAGCUCAAUAGAAAAUAGCAACGUACGAGCAAAGAAACGGGUUUUUGAAGCACAAAUCAAGAAGGAAAUGGUGGUAGAACAAUUAAUGGCACAAUUAGAAGAAGAAUCAUCCCCUGAACACAAAUCCAUUGAACAAAAAACAAAACCACCAACUCCAAAUGCACAAGCUAUGGUAUCUCGACAGAUUCAUAGUGAUAUAUUUAGCAAUGAACUUGAAGAACAAAUUGAAUUUCACAUACCAGAAAAUAAAGAAAUUGUAGAAAAGGUUGUUUCCAGCUCAAUACAGAAAGUAGAUGAAAUGCAUGAUUCAAAAACCGAAAUUAGUGCAAUAGUAAAAGAACACAAAGAAUCUUAUGAUUCUACUUUAAGUACAAAUGUGCAAGAAGCCUUGCAAUAUAAAGCUGAUGCUAUUUCUAAGCCUUCAGAUUCACUUGAAGUCCAUGUUGAUAAAAGUGAAUUGGAAGACAGUGAAAAAGAAAAAGAAAUAGACGAAGAGAUAAAAACGAUGAAAGGGCUGAAAGAGGCAGGAGUGCCGAUGCCAUCUGUGUCUGAUAAAGAAAAAUUUGGCUCACUCACUUCCAGCCAGGGAGAAAGUGAAGACACAUUUUCUGAAUCAGACGUGACACCAGAAGAUGCGAGGUUCAAAGAAAAUCAGGAAAUUACUGAUUGGGCAUUGUCUGAAAAGAAUGGAAAAUUAAACUUAGAUGCGGAAGACACAAUAAAACAAAGGAUUGUUUACACCCCUGAAGAACAUAUUCCGGACACAGUUUGGGAAGUUCCUGUUCAAGAAGAAGUGGAGGCAAUGGAAGAAGAAACAGUUCAAUUCCCAACUUCUGAAAGCAAAAGUGUGACUAUUUCCAGCAUUAAAGAAGUUGUGAUGAGUGAAUCUGAGGCUCGUAAAAUAGCGGAAAAUGUUGUAGAUGAAAUUGAAUCCAAAUUAUUACAUUGUGAAGGGGUCACAAAAACAAUAAAUGUUGAAGACGAUUUCGAAAUGGUAGAAAAACACUCAGAGAUCAGGAGUUCUAUAGACUUAAGUGAACCACUUUCAAGAAAAAGUGAUCAGAUUAUGAAGUUGAUGAGAACCGAUACCACAACUUCCAGUAUGGAGAUAACUGAUGAAGAUUUAAGAAGUAGUGGGGUUGAAACAGACAACUCACCAUUAGAGAGCCAAGCUGGGCGGUUAGAACCGCUGGAUGAAGGAAAUGACAGCAGUGAUGAUGUAGAUAAUCAAGAAUUAGAUCAAGAACCAUUUGGAAAAGAAGUAGUUGAAAAGACACUUGCAGAAGUGAAACAGUCAUUAGAAGCCGUCAAAGAGGAAUUGAUCGAGGAAAAGAAAAAGAAAAAAGACAGCAUUACAAAAGAAUCUCCUUCAGAAUUUGAAUUUAAAUCUGUUUCACUGGAAAACACGUUUAAUGAAACUAUCCAGGAAUGUCAUCAUGAAGAAAUGUCAUCCGUACAAACAUACAAGCAAUCAUUUGAAACUCAAAUAAUUAAUGAAUCAUUAAUCAAAGACCUAGAAUCUAGAACAGAAAAGGAAUCUGAAUCAACUAAAGAUUUAGUGAAAGAUAAAGAACAAGAAUUCCUCUCCAAAUCAGAGGAAGUAGCAGUUGAAAAGACAACACAGAAAACUUUACAAGAGGUUCAAAGCAAUGUAGAGAUGAAAGUUGAAGAAAGCGUAGUUACAGAAACUACAGAAAAAUUAUUACGAGAUAAUACAAAAAUUAAGUUUACAGCAGAUACUUUAGAUUCGUCAGAUUCUCCUGUUUCAGAAACAAAGCCAGAAGAUCGAAGAUCGCCUGUUCAAGAUGAAGGUGGCUCUACCUCCUCAUCAUCAGAACAAAAAUUUGGCUCUGAUGGAGCUGAGAUAGGUAGUUCAUUUGUAACAAGAAAACACAAAAAAACACACGUUACUGUAAAACAAGAUCAGAAAUCUGAUUGUGAACUUUAUUCAAGUUCUGGUGAAAGUCAUUAUCAAUCUUUUGAACAAACAUCAGACAGCAUAAAAACGCCUGGUAGUCGCCCACUGUCAUCUGAUAUAGAGGGUUUGGUAGCAAAUAUGAGUGGUGCGACAGGUUCAUCUGAAUACGAGUCAGCAAUAUCCCAUGAGAUUUCUGGUCAUUCUACAACAAUAACUUCAAAAGAAUAUCACACUGCUGUCAGUUCUCUUAGUUCAAGAGAUUCCAUGAAAUCACUCGACUCAGAAAGUUCAGGUAAUUUAGCUAGUGUAGAAGUUUCAAGUGAAGCUUCAGAAACAUUAGUACCAUCGGCGAUGGAACUUGAAAAAGAUACAGAUGGUGAAAGUGUUAUGGCGAAAAGUGGUAAACAGUCUCAUAAAGUCGAAGAACAAAUAAAGAUGCAAAGUUUUUCUGAAUCAAUUGAACAAUCAGUUAGCUUUGAUAUAUCAACAGAAGAUUUAUCUGAGGAAGAGGUGCCUGUUCUUGACCAAGAGUCAUCAGCACGCAUGAAAAGGUCACAUGAAAUGACAUUCCAACCAGAACCAAGACCGAUCAUUGCAGAAACCGACAUCAAUAAAAGUCUUGAAGACAAAUUUAUGGCAAGUAUUGAAGAUGUCAGUAGCUUGGUAAGCAGUUUAGACACUACUGCAUUAAACACAGUCGUGGAACUGUCAAAAACAGAAUCUGCAAGAAUGGAUGGCUCAGGUACAUCUGAACAAUUAAGUUUAACUGUAUCAGCUACCUCUGAGGCGUUCAGUAUUUCAGAUUCUAAAGAACAAGAAGAAGUGGAUACUGUUGUGAGUAAAGUGGAAUCAGUUUCUACCCAGUCUCCUUCCUUAAGGUCAUCCGAUCUGCUCGAAUCUGUUACAAUUACUACUUCUUCCGUUGUAGAACAAGGAGUACAAAGUGUUUGUACUCAAGUGACUUCAAAAACUACAUCCCACAGCAAUGGGCCUACACAAGUGGAUUAUGUUCCUGAAUAUGAUGAAGGAGAACCUGAAGUGAAAAAAAGAGGUCAUCGAAGGAAUGGAAGCACAAGUUUUCGUCCAUCAAUGAUACCUGUUUUUCACACCAGGCAAGUAGAAAAAAAGAAAUCAGAAGAUAUUGCAGAAGAUACUGCUGAAAGUGAUAAAUACAGUGAAUCUUUGACUUUAAAAGAAGGCGCUCAAGAAGAAAAGAAGGAUAUUGAUGAAGCAGAACGCCUAGAAGAAGAGUUUUACCAAACGGAAGCCGACCAAGGUUUACAUCGAGAUAUAAGAGAAGGCAGAGUUGUUUUGGAAGACACUUACGUUCAUGACGAUAUAAAAAGUUAUGACUAUGAUAUAAGCGCUUCUGUAAGCAAAUCAAGACUUCCUUCAGCAGCUUUCUCAGACGAUCAUGCAGAUUCAGAAUUGGCAGAAUUAUUAAAACAAUGCUCAACAGAUAUUAUUACAGAAGAUCCAAUAGAAAGACCCAAAACACCUGAACCAAUUGAAGAAUGUGAAAUCAAAGAUGAUACACCAGAAUUCUCAUCAGAAGCACAAGCCAGCGUGACAGAAUUAGAAAUGGAAUACUCUGGUGCUUUCAGUAGAACAAGUGAAUAUGAAGCCCACAUUAGUCCCAUCCGAGAAAAAGGGAUGAUGCCAUAUGAAUCUUUGGAACAAGUCGAGCAUGAACAAGAAUUAACAGAAGCUGAAGCUGCUUUCCACAGUGGACUACCCGAUACCUCUUUGCCCAAAACUAUUUUCGAAAAAUCAAUAGUUGAAAAACACGAACUUGAAACCCAAGAACUAAGCUUAAAAGAGGAACCAACUGAUACAAAGUUGAGAUCUUCUCCUGUACCUGGAAUUACAAUAACACAGCAUGUAAGUCAAACGUUGAAAGAUAGUUUUGAUAAUUUGGAAGGGCCUGUAACACCCUUACCUUCUAGUGCAAUACCAGAUAAAGAAAAGCAAGAAGUAAGUAGUGAGAAGUGUUUUACUUUUACAGAAGAUAAAUAUCAAGAAUUAUUAGCAGAUGAACCAUUUCCAUCAGAAGACACUAGUGCUGAUUUGAGACAAGAAUCAAAAGAUGAAUCUAUGACUGAUUCUCCAACUAGUGAUUCUUUUGAAAUUUUAGAAAAACCGGACAUAGCAGAUGAGUUUGUAAUAAUAGAAGAAGUUGCUAAAGAAGCCGAAGAACAAGACACAGAAGGAAAAGGGAUAUUAAUUUCACAGGCAAGGCCAAUUUCAAGGCCGUAUAAACAGCCAGAAGAAGAUGAAAUUUUAGUUUCUCCACCGACUACCACGACAAAGCUCACUAAAUUGAAGUAUUACAGCGGUGGAAAUGAAGAAGAUAUAUUAUUUGAUUUUGAUUCUGGAAGCCCUUCAAAGAAAGAAGUUUCAGAAGAGAAAGUUGAAGCAUCAUCAACUGAAAGUUCACCACCAGUGGCAGGAGAGCAAGAUUUUAAACCCGAAGUCGAAGCUGGGAAAAAAUGGAUGGAAAUGCAAUUUCAAGGUGAGCCUGUAGCACCUAUCUAUGGCUAUGACAUAGAAUUUGAAAGAGGACCUCUAGAAGAUAUCAAAGAGGAAGAUAUCAACGAUUUAGAGAGCAGUAGUAAAAUUGGAAGUAUGGGAAGUCAAGUUAGUCAUUCCAUCGGAAGUUUUGGAAGUGUGAAAGCAUCUUUAAGUAGCACUCCUGAUUAUGAUGUUUUAGCAGGUCGCAAAUUUUUUACACGGUCAGGUGAGCAUGAUGAUGUCUCAAUGAGUUCAUUACAAGAAUUUGAAAGAUUAGAAAAUCUUAUAGCAUUAGAAUCGACUAAACACAGAUCCCUUGGCUCACAGGAUUCACUUACAAGUUCAAGCAAUAGUAGAAAACACGGCAGAAGUGCAGGAGAUGAUAUAUCCCUUGCAUCACUAAAAGAAUUUGAAGGCCUAGAAAGCGCUUGCAUCGCUGCAGAACAUAUUGAAAAAAAAGCAAAAGCCGAAGAAGAAUCACUCCUAUCGGAAAUAGAAGAGGGGCAUGAGAGUCAAACUUCAGAAUCAGAAAGUUGCACAACUGUCUCUGCAGGUGGUAUCAACAGGGCAGAAUCGGAUGAAGAUGAUUACGAAAGGCGAAUGUUUGAAAUUGAUGAAAUCAUCAGGCAGGCACAAACAAAUGUAGAACAGUUCAUGGGCCAACAGAAAGAUUUUACCGAGAGUGGGAUAAAAUGUGAGACAUUGGGAAGAGCCGAUUCAAUAGAAGAAAUAUCUAAAGUACCAGAAUUGGACCUAGAUCAACCAGUUAGUUACAGUAGUGGUAAAAGCUAUAUACAGCACUGGGAAGACCUAGGUGAAGAUCUUCUAACAAGUACAGAUUCACUGGAAGUUAAAACACAAAUAUCAAAAACGAGUAUCGCUGAUCCAUUUACAACUAGUACAGAUUCCUUAGAAUUAAAAAUUUCACAUGAUGUAAUGUCUAUAAGCACUGACUCGAUAGAAGCAUCACAAAAAGACAAGAAAAAAGAUAUAAUGACUGAUUCUAUUGAAAUGGGAGAUAAACGUGCUAAUGUAACAUCCACUGAUUCGCUAGAAGGCAAAGUUACUCAAGCCAGUUCAAUUGAUGAAGAUGAGCAACAAGGAGCAGGAGCAGAUCAAAGCAGCUCCAGUGGCAAAGAAGGAGAUUUAAGUUCUGGAAAAGAAGACAGUGUUGAAGGAGCAGUUGGCAUGACGACUAAUAGGAUGCCACCUCCUAGAGCAGAAUUUCUACUCGGAAGCACUGAUUCUCUUGAACCAACUAGUUCUACAGCAACUCAUGCCACUUAUCAUUAUGAAACCGAUUCCGUAAUGUCUUCUAGCUUUACAUCAGGAGAUUCAACCACAAUGGUUGAUGACAACGAAGAAGAUGCUGCACGGGCCAGCUAUUGGUUCGACGAAGGAAAACCGUACGUCACAGAAGUAAUUGAGCCCAUUAUAGGAGAUGACGAAUUUCCACAGAUGAUACAUAGGACAGUCGAAAUGCCUCCUGAAAUCUGCAAGAUAACAUUUAAAGGAGAAGACGCCGAAAAGGGAUUACGAGAAUACAUUGAAAAGUUCGAUCCUGGUGAAGAUGUUACAGAAACUCGAGAAGUCGAUAAAGACGGUAAUGUACAUAUAAAAAGGAUUAUUCAAAAAAGGGUAGUGAUACGCCCUGAAGAAUUAGGUGGGGAUACGACCAAUCUCACAGGAUCAGAUUUGCAAAAAUAUUUGCAAUCAUUAACUGAUGCUCAAAUUGGUUCUACCUCUCCUUUACUCGAAACUUUCCAAAUUUCCUCCCCAAUCGAGUCUCAGACUAGUAUUACAACUAUACAACGGACCACUACCUCUUCUCAAGUCAAAGGAGAAACAGUAAAAUGUGAUCAGCAGCCUAAAGAAACGGAGAUCCCUCACCGAGGCUCACGCCCACCUCUAAAAUAUGACAUUAGUGUCGAUGAAGAUCCGGAAUAUGAUCCGAGAGAACAUGACUGGAGAUUUAACCUGCAUACACAUUUAGAGGGUGAAGAAGAGACUCAAGGUUUUGCUUCUGGAUCUAGCGUUGGAGCUACCAGAGCUGGAAAACAAGGAGACAAAGCAGAAAAGAAGUAAAAAAUAAAAACAUUUUAUUGAAGAGCUUGCCGAGAAGUGAAUGCCUGACUGAAUAGUUAUGAUCUUACGAAUAUUUGAUUCACUCACACAUAUUUCUAUUUUUGGGAGAAACCCAAAGUAAAAAAACACAUUUAGUUUAUUUAGGCAUUGAACUUGAGCAAAUAAUGCUUCCCACAAAAAGCUGUUUAAAAAAAUAUAUACAAAUAGGGAGAGUUGAUCAACUUUUAGCUUUAUAGUUUGUAUAACUUUCCAAGUGUAAAUGUCCCAAAGAUUUUUAAUGGUACACACACAUUUUAAAAAAAUUGACAGUGUUUUUUUGGUAAGUGGAGCUCUAAACAUUUUAUAAUAAAGUCUGAAAUGUGCCGUUGCCUAUAACACAGUUUAUAGUGCCUAUUAUGGAUACAUAACGUGUGAUUUAACAUAAAAAUCAAAUUUUAAAAAAUGCAAUUCCUUCAUACAUUUGCAUAAAUAUAUAAAUAUGAUUUUAACAGGCUAGAAUAUGAAAAUUAUUCAUGCUCAGCAAUGUACCACCAUAAGUAUUUUAUAUGUAGUGUUAAAUGGAAUUGUAUGUGAUAAUACCAAAAAUUGGAUAACAUGUCUAAGUUAUGAAAAGGAUAAUGCAAAAUGAUAACAAUAAUUAAAACAAAAAACAACUGUUUUUAUAAUGUGUCUCUCUACAGCAGAACGAAAACAAUAAAGCGAUUGGAAAUGGAUAUUUUUAUGAAUGAUAAAUUGCUAAUUUUAUAUUAUUAUAAAUAUUUCAUUAUUGUUGUCAAGCUUCCUGAACUUAUAUGGAAUACUAAAACUAAUGUACUAUAGCUUUUGCCUACAAAUAUUACUUAUUACUUAAAAAUUACAAGUUAAACGCUAAAAAUAUUCUAAUCAGGGAUUGGCAAUAUAAAGUUGUUGCAUACAAGCUACCGUGCCACAGCAAUACACUUGCUUAAAAUUUGUACUUUAGAUUAAAACUACAAGUCAUACAUAGAAAAAGAGUAAUACUAUUUAUUUACCUCAAGCGAGUAAAUACGGUAAAUUCUUGAUUGUGGAUAUUUAAAUGGAAUGGAUGGGUUAAAUUUUAACAUUAAGUGUUUGAAAACUGUGUAAAAUUGAGGUACAAUGUCAAUAUUUCUACAUGAUUAAAUGUAAUAUAAUACCCAAAUAAAUACUUUGAAUUUACAA